AUGGUUGAAUAUACAUGUACUAGAUGCGGUAAAAGCUUUUCCAAAUUAUGGAAACUUCAUCACCAUAAUAAAAGAAAAUACAAAUAUCGACCAAAAAUAAUUCCUCAAAUUACAAUUCCCCAAGUUAAAAACCAAAAGCCAGAAGCUGGCCCCGGCCCAACAACCCAAGCCUAUAGAAAAGAGCAAACUACUAUUCAACAGGUUAUAGACCAAGAGAAAAA